AUGGCCGAGUCACAGAAAGUGGGUAGAGGAUGGUACAGCACCAAAACAGGUAGCCGCUGGAAGCGCAGAAAUAAUGCCACCUCCACACGCAAGAUUGGGAAUAUUGGGCAAGUUUUCCGGCGGAUGAACCAGUGUAGGGAUAUGGCGGUUAGGGUGAAAUGGGACCCAGCGGAAGUCGAGAGUCCGGCUAGGAUUGAGUGUGACGGGGGAGAGGAUCGAGACCCCCCCCGGACGGAGAUUUGUGAGGGAGGGCAGGCCGGGAUUAUGGAGAUCUUAGGGCGAAAGGUGCAGAUAUACGAAAUGAAUAGUGACAAGUGUAUAAGUAGCCUAGAUACAGUAUUUCGGGUGUAUCUGUUACCCCGUAACCGGUCUACCUUGUAUAAAUACCUUGUCUGGGUGGAGACAAGGGAAGCGCUGAGGCAGUUGUAUAAAAGGAAAGCCACUGACGAUGAUGAACCGCCAGAAACCCUUAGCAGUAAGAAUUGGGCGGGCGAGACUCUUGCUCCCAUAUAUCCUGCAAAAGCAAAUCGAAAGCGCAACAGGCUUUGGGCAAAAAGGACGCGAUGA